UCCCCGAAUCUUGCUCUUUCCGCACCUGCGCAGCUCUGUCCUGGCCUAAAAUUAUAGCUAACCAACACAACUUUCGGCUUUCUCCAUUUUCCCGUCCUCUAACAUGUCGGAUUACAACACAGUACCGCCACCCGGGGCUGGUGCUUCUCUAGGGGGACAGCCAGCUAUCGGGAACGGUGGAGGAAUAAAAAAAGAUGCCUUUGCAGACGCAGUACAACGAGCCCGGCAGAUUGCUGCCAAGAUUGGUGGCGAUGCAGGGGUAACCGCUAUGAACAACAGCAAUCCCACAGAUGGGUUUCCCUUCACAGCACAGAAACGUCAGCUGGAUGACCCAGAUCAACCAGAGAGCAAGAAAAUGGCCCCACAGAGUGACAUGGAUUCAGCCACUGCUCUGUCAAUUGGAGCCCAAUUGGCAGCUUUGGCUCAGCAGAGUGUCAGACCCACAACCACGUCAGAGGAGUACAGUGUUCCUGAUGGCAUGGUGGGGCUCAUCAUUGGCCGAGGUGGAGAACAGAUCAACAAGAUCCAGCAGGACUCGGGUUGCAAGGUUCAAAUAGCCCCAGACAGUGGAGGUUUACCAGAGAGGAGCGUGUCUCUCACAGGGACAACAGAAUCCAUACAAAAAGCAAAGAUAUUAUUGGAUGAGAUUGUGUCUAGGGGGAGAGGAACACCCCCCUCGUCCUUUCACGAAGCGACUAAUGGGCAGAGUGGCUCUGUGCAGGAGAUGAUGAUCCCUGCAGGCAAGGCUGGCCUGGUCAUCGGCAAGGGAGGAGAGACCAUCAAACAGCUACAGGAGCGAGCUGGAGUGAAGAUGAUCCUGAUUCAGGAUGCGUCUCAGGGAGUCAACAUGGACAAACCCUUGCGGAUCAUCGGAGAGCCAUACAAAGUUGAGCAAGCCAUGGAGUUGGUGCAGGAGAUUUUGAGGGAGAGGGAUCACCCCAACUUUGGAGAAAGGAACGAAUAUGGCUCCCGUGUGGGAGGAGGAGGCAUGGACGUCCCAGUGCCGCGACAUUCUGUGGGAGUGGUAAUUGGUCGCAACGGGGAGAUGAUCAAGAAGAUUCAGAAUGAUGCUGGAGUUAGGAUACAGUUCAAACCAGAUGACGGCACCGGCCCAGAUAAGAUAGCCCACAUCAUGGGUCCUCCAGACCGCUGUGACCAUGCUGCCCAGAUCAUCCAGGAGCUGCUGCAGAGCAUCCGGGUCAGGGAGGAGGGAGGACGAGGGGGCCCCCCUGGGCCUCCAGGAAUGCCCCCAGGCAGUGGAACAAGGGGCCACAGCCGAGGGGGCCAGGGGAGCUGGGGCCCCCCUGGUGGCGGAGGUGGGGAGAUGACCUUUUCCAUCCCUGCCCACAAGUGUGGCCUGGUGAUAGGGCGGGGUGGGGAGAACAUCAAAGCCAUCAACCAGCAGACUGGGGCCUUUGUGGAGAUCUCCCGCCAACUGCCCCCCAAUGGGGACCCGAACUUUAAGCUCUUUGUCAUCCGGGGCUCCCCACAGCAGAUCGACCACGCCAAGCAGCUCAUCGAGGACAAGAUCGAGGGUCCUCUCUGUCCUGUUGGGCCCUCAGGCCCCAUGGGUCCUUAUAAUCCUGGUCCCUAUAACCCAGGAGCCCCUGGACCACAUGGGGGUCCCCCCGGUCCUCAUGGCUACCCACCACAGGGCUGGGGCAACACUUACCAGCAGUGGCAACCCCAACCCCCCCACGACCCCAGCAAGGCACCAGGAGCUGUGGACCCCAACGCGGCCUGGGCAGCAUACUAUGCCCAGUACUACCAGGGGGGGCAACCGGGGGGAACAGGCCAGCCCCCCGCCAACCCUGCCACUGGUGGUGGUUCUGCACCUGGAUACCAGGCCCAAGCCGGCCAGACCCCUGGAGGCCAGCCUGACUACACCAAGGCCUGGGAGGAAUACUACAAGAAGAUGGGUGUUGCCCAGGCAGGAGGCUCUGCAGCGGGGUCGGGAGCAGCCACUGGUGCCACUGGUGGAGGCCAGCAGGACUAUAGUGCAGCUUGGGCGGAGUACUACAGGCAGCAGGCUGCCUACUAUGGCCAGCCUGGACAGACUCCAGGACAGCCUGCCCCCCCUCAGCAGGGCCAGCAGACGCAGUGAGAGGCCACGGUUGAGACCUGCAUAGAAGAGAGAGAAUUAAGGAUAAUUCUACUUAAUCCAACCAGUCAGCAGAAUCUGUACAUUUAGAUUUUUUUAAUGCUUUUUUAAAAUUUUUGGUUCUUAAGGAAUUCUGUGCUGGCAGUCCUUUCUCCUUGUUGCCCCAUGUCUACCAAUGCACCACUUUUUGAUAAAAAGAGAACAAAAAAAUGAACAUUCCAGUGCUUGGGCCCAGGAGUGGAAAAAUGGGACAGAUUUGCAGGGUCAUUCUUUUAUUUUGGUCCCUGGAAACGUCCCUUGUUUCUCUCUAUCUGUCAAUCAAGACAGAGGAAGAGGCAAAGCGAGAGGAUUUAUCACCUUGCAAAAUCUGUCCAUGUUAUGCAGAUAAUUAAGCAACUGAGGUUUUGUAGGGGGAAAAGGGAGGGCAUAAAUGUUGAAUUUCGUCAAGAUUAAAAAGUAAUUGCUAUUUUGAUACGUGAGGCUUAUUGAUCUAAUACCAGUUUGGUAAUGUUUAGGUUUAGGUUGUUGCUAGUGUCCUGGUAAUGUGAUAACUGUGCCAUCCCUGCAUCUUUGACAAGAAAACUAUUCACAUCCGUUGUCCCUGUUGAAUGUUGACAUGGACUAUGCAUUUUUGUGAGGCUAGCAUUUCACAGUUGACGAAAUCACCCCGCCCCCCUCCCCGAAUUGAAAAAUUAUUAAAAUAAAAUGUAUAAAC